AGUAAACUCACUUUAAUUUUAAAGCUAAUUGUAUAAAUUGAUCCCGUUAUGAUAACCUAACGAAAAUUCGCUAUGUUGUAUGUAUAUGUAAGACGGAGAUAAUACAUGUGGGCGUGGCAUCCUCUUAAACAAAUUAAUGAACUAAUAAUACCUACUUAUACUUCACUUUUUAUGUUAGUUAUAGAUUCGAUAAAUAUUAAAACAAUUAUCUAUACCUACCUAUAUUAUAUUAUAAUAAAAUAGAAAUUUCGUAUACAGUGUUUUAGUUAUGGAACAGUGGAAAGGAAAAAUAGCGAUAGUAACUGGUGCCAGUGCUGGAAUCGGUGAGGCAAUCGUUGUCAAGUUGGUUCAAUAUGGCGUUCAUGUUGUAGCGCUCGCUAGAAGAGAAGUUAAACUUAAGGAACUAGCAGAAUCGCUAAAUGGAAAAGAGAAUGAUUACGGAAAAGUACAUAUAAAAGUUUGCGACGUGACAGAUGAACAAGCCGUGAAAAAUGUAUUUUCUUGGGUCGAUUCUGCACUAGGAGGUGUUAGUAUCUUAAUCAAUAAUGCCGGAACCUUAAAACUAUCAAGCCUUCUGAAUGGAAAACUGGAAGAUUGGAAAGAUAUGAUGAAUUUAAAUGUUUUGGCAUUAAAUGUGUGCUCAAGGGAAGCUUUUCAAUCAAUGACGAGAAAUAAAAUCGAUGGUCAUAUUAUUCAAGUGAACAGUACUGCUGGUCAUAGUAUAACACCAUGCUUUUCACUGAAAAUGUAUAAUGCUACAAAACAUGCAGUCAGAGUCUUAUGCGAAGGACUUCGUCAUGAAAUACAGUUAGUAGGCUCAAAAAUCAAAGUUUCUAGCAUAAGUCCAGGAGCAGUUUGGACAGACCUUUUAUCCGAUGUUCUUGAACAUAUUAAAGAACCAAAUUCAACAGUUAAACUAAAUAAUGCACUUAAAACUGAAGAUGUUGCUAACGCAGUAAUCAGUACUUUAGCCACUCCACCAAGUGUACUAAUAGCUGAACUUAUUAUAAUGGCUAAUGGAUCACUAAUACAAUCACACAAUCAAUCGUCGCCUGCAGUUGUGGAAAACUUAUUAAAAUCAUAAAAAUAUGUAUUUUAAUAAUUGCACUCAUUUGUCAAUUAAAUUAUUUUUUCUUUUUAUUACAAUUGAUUAUUAAUUAUUAUUACGAAUAAAAUUCGGCAUUUUUAAAAAAAAGAUAA